GGAGCGAACACAAACACGUGUUUCGAACUACGACAGUAGAGAAGAACCAACGUUUGCAGAUCGUCAGAAGAGACUUCUGUUAAAAUUAGAUUUCUAUUUAGUUAAAGUUAGCAAAUUUUCUGUUUAGAUAAAAAUUCUAUCCUCUGUGAAGCUUUUGCCGAGAGGACAUACAUUUUGAGUUAGUUGAUUUUGAGUAUUUUUUGCCAAAACGAACACGAUGACUGAAGCUGAUGUAAAUCCAAAGGCCUAUCCUCUGGCCGACGCAACGCUCACUAAAACCAUUCUGGACCUCGUGCAGCAGGCGUCUAACUACAAGCAGUUAAGAAAAGGAGCCAAUGAAGCCACUAAAACUCUUAACCGUGGGAUUUCUGAGUUCAUUGUCAUGGCUGCUGAUGCUGAACCUCUGGAAAUUAUUCUGCACCUGCCGCUGCUGUGUGAGGACAAGAACGUGCCGUAUGUGUUCGUUCGCUCUAAACAAGCUCUGGGACGAGCGUGUGGAGUGUCAAGACCCGUCAUAGCUACGUCAGUCACCAUCAAAGAGGGAUCACAGCUGAAACCUCAGAUUCAGUCUGUCCAGAUGGCAAUUGAAAGACUCUUAGUUUGAGCUCAUACUUUUGUUUUACAUAAUUUGUUUUGACCAGUUUAUUAAUUUCAUUGUGUAGUCUUGAUGACUUUUUUGUAAAAAAUCAAUGUUGAGUAUGAUUCUCAGAAAUUGAUAGCCGAAAUAAAGUUCGGGGUAAAAUUCAA